AAUUACGCAUGCGUCUGAGCUCUGUGUGACGCAAGGGGGCGGUGCGGGCACCUAGCUGCGCGUGCGCAGAGCUUGUUCAAAGGGCCUUAUUUAGGUUGCGCAGGCGCCCGCUGGCCAUUUCUUCUCAGCCACGCCGAAGUCGUGUGUUCAGUCUGUUUGGACGCCAGGACCCACUAAGAGACAAUGAUGUUGGGCACCGAAGGCGGAGAGGGAUUCGUGGUGAAGGUCCGGGGCUUGCCUUGGUCUUGCUCAGCAGACGAAGUGCAGCGUUUUUUUUCUGACUGCAAAAUUCAAAAUGGGGCUCAAGGUAUUCGUUUCAUCUACACCAGAGAAGGCAGACCGAGUGGCGAGGCUUUUGUUGAACUUGAAUCAGAAGAUGAAGUCAAAUUGGCCCUGAAAAAAGACAGAGAAACUAUGGGACACAGAUAUGUUGAAGUAUUCAAGUCAAACAACGUUGAAAUGGAUUGGGUGUUGAAGCAUACUGGUCCAAAUAGUCCUGACACGGCCAAUGAUGGCUUUGUACGGCUUAGAGGACUCCCCUUUGGAUGUAGCAAGGAAGAAAUUGUUCAGUUCUUCUCAGGGUUGGAAAUCGUGCCAAAUGGGAUAACAUUGCCGGUGGACUUCCAGGGGAGGAGUACGGGGGAGGCCUUCGUGCAGUUUGCUUCACAGGAAAUAGCUGAAAAGGCUCUAAAGAAACACAAGGAAAGAAUAGGGCACAGGUAUAUCGAAAUCUUUAAGAGCAGUCGAGCUGAAGUUAGAACUCACUAUGAUCCACCACGAAAGCUUAUGGCCAUGCAGCGGCCAGGUCCCUAUGACAGACCUGGAGCUGGCAGAGGGUAUAACAGCAUUGGCAGGGGAGCUGGCUUUGAACGGAUGAGACGUGGUGCUUAUGGAGGAGGUUAUGGAGGCUAUGAUGAUUAUAAUGGAUAUAAUGAUGGCUAUGGAUUUGGGUCAGAUAGAUUUGGAAGAGACCUCAAUUAUUGUUUUUCAGGAAUGUCUGAUCACAGAUAUGGGGAUGGUGGCUCUACUUUCCAGAGCACAACAGGACAUUGUGUACACAUGCGGGGAUUACCUUACAGAGCUACUGAGAACGACAUUUAUAAUUUUUUUUCACCGCUGAACCCUGUGAGAGUACACAUUGAAAUUGGUCCUGAUGGCAGAGUAACCGGUGAAGCAGAUGUCGAGUUUGCAACUCACGAAGAUGCUGUGGCAGCUAUGUCAAAAGACAAAGCAAAUAUGCAACACAGAUAUGUAGAACUCUUCUUGAAUUCUACAGCAGGAGCAAGCGGUGGUGCUUACGAACACAGAUAUGUAGAACUCUUCUUGAAUUCUACAGCAGGAGCAAGCGGUGGUGCUUAUGGUAGCCAAAUGAUGGGAGGCAUGGGCUUGUCAAACCAGUCCAGUUAUGGUGGCCCAGCCAGUCAGCAGCUGAGUGGUGGUUAUGGAGGCGGCUAUGGCGGCCAGAGCAGCAUGAGUGGAUAUGACCAAGUUUUACAGGAAAACUCCAGUGAUUUUCAAUCAAACAUUGCAUAGGCAGCCAAGGAGCAGUGAACAGCAGCUACUACAGUAGUGGAAGCCGUGCAUCUAUGGGAGUGAACGGAAUGGGAGGGAUGUCUAGCAUGUCCAGUAUGAGUGGUGGAUGGGGAAUGUAAUUGAUCCUGAUCACAGACUCUUGGUCAACAUUUUUUAAAGAAAAAAGUUUAACAGUUUUGCAAUACAAGCUUGUGAUUUAUGCUUACUCUAAGUGGAAAUCAGGAUUGUUUUAAAGACUUAAGGUUCAGUAUUUUUGAACACAGACUUUCAUCUAGGAUGUAACAACCGAGUAAACUAUAACUGUUAAACAAUUUUCAGCUUUUCUCUAGUUAUAUAGUAGGAUGUACUUAAGCAGUAAGUGUAUUUAGGUUAAAGCAGUUGAAUUAUGUUAAAUGUUGCUCUUAUACCACAUUACAUUGAACACUGUUUGGAUGCAUGUUGAAAGACAUGCCUUUUUUUUGUAAAACUCAAUAUAGGAGCUGUGUCUACAAUUAAAAGUGAAAACAUUUGGCAUGUUUGUUAAUUCUAGUUUCAUUUAAUAACCUCUAAGGCACGUAAGUUUUUUUUUUUUUUUUUUUUUAAGUUAAUGGGGGAAAUUUGAGACGCAAUACCAAUACUUUAGGAUUUUGGUCUUGGUGUUUGUAUGAAAUUCUGAGGCCUUGAUUUAAAUCUUUCAUUGUAUUGUGAUUUCCUUUUAGGUGUAUUGCGCUAAGUGAAACUUGUCAAAUAAAUCUUCCUUUUAAAAACUGCA